GUGCAAGUGGCCUCAGAAGAGAAGCUGACGCUGAUGUCCCGCGCGGGCGAGGCGCUGGCGCAUGCUGCAGACCUCGAGCGGCAGUUGCAGGAUGCCCGCAACCGUUAUACGCAGCUGGCCAGGGAUCGGGAGAGAGAUGAAUCAGAAUGGAAGCAAUUCCAAAGUGACCUCCUGAUGACAGUUCGCGUAGCGAAUGACUUCAAAACUGAAGCCCAAAGAGAACUAGAGCGUCUUGUAUCUGAGAACAAGAUAGCUAGAGACCGCAUUCGACAUUUGGAAGACCAAAUACAUUCACUCAAAGCAAUGCCUCCACGAAAUGAAGAACCACCAGCGCCGCCACCGCUGCUAACCAGCGCAUCACUACAAGACAUCAUGGCUACUGCAGCUUCGCAUAGACGAACUAAAGGUGUGAGUCGAGAAGACUCGAGACUAUCAGUGAAGUCACUGAUCGAGAGCAUAGAGAACGCGGCCAAGGCAGCUAAGCAGUCGCCCGCCACCACCCCGGUGGGGGAAUGGCCCCAGGUCCAAACAACAGUGCCAGUGUCAACAACGAACAGCACGAUGAAGAACGGCCUAUCCGAAACCACGCCGGCGACCAACGGCAUGGCCAACAACAACUUCACGACUAAACCGCCUACAGCGAGGAGCGCGAGGCCCUCGCCUAUUGCGACUGCAGACGCGGCUGGCGGCAGCAACAUUCCCGACGAGCAGCGCGCACUCGCAUCGCUACAGCAAAAAGCGAUCGAGUCCUUCGUAAGGAGGAACAGCCACGGCGACAUAUGUGAACGCAAAGACCCCCUGAACGCGCUGCAAGUGAAGAAUGGCGGCUCCAAACGAAACGCGUUGCUCAAAUGGUGCCAGCAGAAGACGUUAGGAUACAACAACAUCGAUAUUACCAACUUCAGUUCAUCAUGGAACGACGGCAUGGCCCUCUGCGCACUUCUCCACUCAUACUUGGGUGACGGGCGCGUGCCGUACUCGACAUUGGCCCCCCACGACAAACGGACCAACUUCUCUGUCGCGUUCGCCGCUGCCGAAUCGGUUGGCAUUCCUACUACCCUGAACAUUCAAGAUAUGAUUCAGCAGGAGCGUCCAGACUGGCAACAAGUAAUGGCCUACGUCACCAAUAUUUACAAACAUUUCGAAACAUAGACUUUGCUUCAAAAUUCCUAAAACUCUUUAAAAUAAUCCUAGACAUAACCUAUCUACAACAAAAUAUACAAGAUCUCAUUUCAAAUCGUCAUCUCUAAAAUUAUUUCAAUCGAUAAUUAUCUCGCACUUUAAAUAAAGACAACUAUAGAUUAUCUACGUAUUUAUAUGUACGCGUGUAAAUGAGACAACUAUACUUUAACAAUUCGUCUUCUAUUAUUCUUCCAAACAUAGCUUCAAAAAGUAUCCUAUAAGAACUUGUUAGGUUGUAAAGGACAUUCCUAUAAAGUAAGCUUGCGAGUGAUAUUUUUAUAUCAGUUUGUACGUAUUUGAUAGAAUGGAUCGAUUUGCCUUUGACUGCCUUGUUAGAUUGGUGUAAAGCUGUAUAGAUUGCCAGAAGACUCGAGAAAAUGGUAUCGAUAAAGGUCGAAGUAUAGUUAAGACGCGACAGCUAUUGUUCUCUUUCUCGCAUGGUUUUAAAGCAAUGUCAGAGUAACAAUACCUUUCGCAUGCUAAAGACAGACAAGUCAACAGAUUCGCCACGUUUGCGGUAGUGGAACGAAUGGGGAAAAAAUACGUCUUCAAACAAACAUUUUUUGUCUAUAAGUUCGAAACUUUCUCAUAGAUGGCGUUCAACGAUUUGUUGAUACGGAAAGCACGAUCAAUGCCUUUACAAUGAGUUUACACUACAAGUUGUGUCAGG